AUGGGUUCCGAGCCAGGAGACGACCCUGUCCUAUCUAUCAACAAAGAGCCAUUACAGCUCAACAUCGCACCGUUCCAAAACGACCAUGGUCACUUGGACUUACUUUCCGAGCCCAAAGUUCGUCGAACUACCACCCCGUGCCUGGUUCAGCCAGGCUACGGUGGCAGCCCGCGAGGGCAUAUGAGCACUCGCGCCGGUCAUCCGCCCGGUACCCUUCUGUGGGUUCGCGAAUCCGGACCCAGUUGCGGGAGGCCAUUUUGGUCACUCGCGCUGGGGCUCGGCUCCCUGCCGGUCAGGAGUAUGGAGACUCCCGCGAUCCUUCUGUUCGUUGACGUUCGCGUUUUACCAAGCAUGCAUAAGUUUGCAUUAGAAACCCACACUACCAAACGCCAGGUGCCGCUGCCCUCCCAAUCUGAGGCCAAGCAGGAUGCUCAAAAAUUGAUUCCUGUUUCCUCUGCAAACUUCGAAGAUGGCAAUGGCACUUGGCGAAACUAUGCCCAAUUCCAUCUGAGAAUCAUAGAGGCUGAUGGAAACCCCACCAGCGCAUUUCUCCCGGAAACAUGGCUACGGAAGGCGACUGGUGUGAACGUUCGCGUAAAGUUUCGAGGAGCUAAAGUUGCCGUCCCCUUGACAGACGCCUGGGUGGUUUCUCUCCUGUUAGACACCAGGGCAACUCCUUCGAAGCGUGGGGCUACAUGGAAACACGAUUUUGACGCGAAUGGUUACCCAAAGCAGACGCAUCCCGCGCGGUGA